GCGCAGCAUGGACGGCCGCCUUGUCCUUGUCCGGGGACCAGGGCAACGAAUGGUUUCAUGCACUGCUAACACUUCCUGCCAGCGCUACGAAGCUUCGGCUGAAGGUCGUGUCGGGAAGAAGCUACCGCGGCGAUGUGGCGGUGGACAACAUCACUCUUAUCCCCCUCGACACGGCGAGUGCCAGGGACAGCAUGGUCAUGACGGCGGAGCAGACCUUCGUUGCGCAAACUUUGGGGCACGAGUUUGUGUUCCACUCCGGCGGAACGGCCUGCCGCACGGUUUUCUUCGAUGCCACGGACGGCAAUUGCCAGCAGCGAU